AUGCCUGAAGCAACCUCAUCUAUCCCCGCCACUUCGCGUCGGCAGCAGGUCCCAGAAGAAGACGCCACAAAACUUCAGUUUGGAGAAUUUGCGGACGGAGAAGCUCUAACUUUGACCGAGGUGGCUACCUUGCUCGUAUAUGCUCGCUCAGUGGCUGGAGUACCUCCGGUACCCGACAACAAGGUGUACCAGUCAACAUCUGAAUAUGUGAACGAGUUUUCCAGCACAUCCAUGGAAGUUUCCGACGCUAUGCGGAAGUACGUUCGCCCGCCAAACUCAUCGAUAGGUAUAUGUGCUGAUGUCAAUCUCUGUAGUGCUCUUACCGCCAAUAUAGGGUUCCUGAACAAAUUCGAGAUUGCCCAAAUCAUGUCAUUGAGACCCGAAAAGGUUGAGGUCGCUGUUGCUCUCAUACCCAGUUUGGAGCGAUAUGCUCAAGGUGACGAGAGUGAAGACCAGCUGCAGAGCUUGUUGGAUGAGGUGAGGGGCAUUGUGCGAUAUGGCGUACAGCCUUAG